CGCCCCUCCAAACACCAUCGCGCCAGACAGCGCUGACGCAGGCGAAGCGCCGCGGUAAACAGGAGAAGGUCUUGGCACCUCCCACUCCACGGCGUGAGCGUUUCAUGGGCUUCCCUUCUUUUGCUUUCGGGCAGGAGAAGCGGUUUCCCCUUUUUUUGAUGCGCCUGCGCGCUGGCCUUACAUCCGGGCAUUGGGGCAGGAUGAAUGCUCCUUUCCAAGAUGGCGGCGGAGGGAGGAGGGAAGGAGAUGAACGAGAUUAAGACCCAGUUUACCACCCGCGAGGGGCUGUACAAGCUGCUGAGCCACUCGGAGUACAGCCGGCCCAACAGGGUGCCCUUCAAUUCGCAGGGCUCCAACCCCGUCCGCGUCUCCUUCGUCAACGUCAACGACCAGAGUGGCAACGGCGACCGGCUCUGCUUCAAUGUGGGCCGGGAGCUGUACUUCUAUAUUUACAAGGGGGUCCGCAAGGCUGCUGACUUGAGUAAACCAAUAGAUAAAAGAAUAUACAAAGGAACACAACCUACGUGUCAUGACUUCAAUCAUUUAACAGCCACGGCAGAAAGUGUUUCUCUACUAGUGGGCUUCUCUGCAGGUCAGGUGCAACUUAUAGAUCCUAUUAAAAAAGAAACUAGCAAAUUAUUUAAUGAGGAGAGACUAAUAGACAAGUCCAGAGUUACUUGUGUAAAAUGGGUGCCCGGUUCAGAAAGUCUCUUCCUAGUAGCUCAUUCCAGUGGUAAUAUGUACUUGUAUAAUGUGGAACACAAUUGUGGUACCACAACCCCACACUAUCAGCUACUUAAACAAGGAGAAAGUUUUGCAGUCCAUACAUGCAAGAGCAAAUCUACACGAAACCCUUUGCUUAAAUGGACAGUAGGUGAGGGUGCCCUAAAUGAAUUUGCCUUUUCCCCAGAUGGGAAAUUCUUGGCAUGCGUAAGCCAGGAUGGCUUUCUUCGUGUUUUUAACUUUGAUUCAGUGGAGUUGCACGGUACAAUGAAAAGCUACUUUGGAGGACUGCUAUGUGCCUGUUGGAGCCCAGAUGGAAAAUACAUUGUAACUGGUGGAGAGGAUGACUUGGUGACUGUCUGGUCUUUUGUGGACUGUCGAGUGAUAGCUAGAGGCCACGGACACAAAUCCUGGGUCAGUGUUGUGGCCUUUGAUCCAUAUACCACUAGUGUAGAAGAAAGUGAUCCAAUGGAAUUUAGUGGCAGUGAUGAGGAUUUCCAAGACCUUCUUCAUUUUGGAAGAGAUCGAGCAAAUAGCACGCAAUCUAGGUUAUCAAAAAGGAACUCUACUGACAGUCGCCCAGUAAGUGUAACAUAUAGGUUUGGUUCAGUGGGCCAGGACACACAGCUAUGUUUAUGGGACCUAACAGAAGACAUCCUCUUCCCACACCAACCCCUCUCAAGAGCAAGGACACACACAAAUGUAAUGAAUGCCACAAGUCCACCUGCAGGAAGUGGAGGAACUAACCCAGGCAGUAAUGGAAACAGCAUCACAACACCUGGGAACUCUGUGCCCCCUCCUCUUCCACGGUCAAAUAGCCUUCCACAUUCUGCAGUCUCCAAUUCUGGUAGUAAAAGCAGUGUCAUGGAUGGUGCCAUUGCCUCUGGUGUUAGUAAGUUUGCAACCUUAUCACUACAUGACCGGAAGGAAAGACACCAUGAAAAAGAUCACAAAAGAAACCAUAGUAUGGGACAUAUAUCUAGUAAGAGCAGUGACAAACUGAACCUAGUUACUAAAACCAAAACAGACCCAGCAAAAACUUUGGGAACACCUCUGUGUCCCAGAAUGGAAGAUGUUCCUUUGUUAGAGCCUCUUAUCUGUAAAAAGACAGCACACGAAAGACUGACUGUGUUAAUUUUUCUUGAAGACUGUAUAGUCACUGCUUGUCAGGAGGGAUUUAUUUGCACAUGGGCAAGGCCUGGUAAAGUGCACUUUCUCUGUAUUUGGGCCAGAGCCCAAAAGAGCUCCUAUAGACUCUGAAGACGAAAUUCUACAUUACAAUUGAACUUGAAUCUUCAUCAAUACUAAGGGUUUAAUGCCAUCCCAAAACCAGGCCAAUUCUCCAAGUGGAACUGUAGUAUAGCCAUCACACUCCUGCUAGCAAAUCUUUGAACACUGAACAAGAAGUAAUGACAAUGGAACCAGGAGCUGCUGUUCAGCCAGGGAGCACCACAAAUUCUUAAAGUCAGAGUGUAAACUUGGAGUUAUGUGAAUCACAUAGUGUUUUACAAAAAUAAUAAUGUAAUGACUUCUUUUUACAGCUAAUAUUUUAGGCUGUUUGCCCAAAGAAGAAUUUUGCUUAAAAAUACUUCUUUUGGUGUUGCAAUUAAAAAUAGUACAACUUUUUUCCAGUUUCUUUAUACUUCUCAGUGUAAUUUAAUUAUGUGUCUAUAUCCAUAUAGAUAGCUGUAAAAUAAAAUGUUUCUUAAAUCCAAGUAAGUUUAAUUGUUAUAUAAAUUAGAACUUCACUGUUGGGUUUUUUGCACUGAUUUUUUUUUAACCAGCAAUGGUUAACCAAGAAUGCCUCAUGGGAAAUUAAAGUCAUUACUUUCUGGCUUCACAAAUGUAAUUCAGGAAGAUGGAUGCUGCAAUCAUAGAGGGUUUUAUAUAAAAAGAUUGUUUGCACUUAGAUAGCUUAAUGCUAGUAGAAAAUUACUUUUCAUUGGGGGUUUGGACACCCUCUAAAGCUAUGAUAUGGAGAAAAGGAUCCUUUGUAUCAAACAUUUUAUUUUAAUAAUGUUUUGAGCUACAAUCAGUCUGUAUUAUAUAUGUAAAUAAUGUAAUUCGGUGAUGGGGGAAAUGAGUCAUUACACUAGUAAUUUUCAUUUAGGAAAGUGAUAUUUCUAAUUCAGAAAAUACAUAUUAAACUAUCUUGAAUAUGCAGUUUUGUUUAUGUUCUGUUUAAAUUAUACCAACUGUGAUGUAAUUUUUGAUGUAAUACUGGCAUGGAUAUGGUUUAUCUUUGUAAAACAGCCGUUUUGAAAAACACUCAGGUCAGAUUCACUACCUAUUGAACCAGGCCUUACUCUUUAUUAUAAGAUGGUUUCAUUGCCUUGCACUUUAUUCAAAAACAGUUUUUUCCUCUGGCUGUUCUUCAGAACACUAUAUAAAAUUAGCCUAAUUUUUAAUAAAUACUAGUCAUUUAACAAUGGUACUAUCCACUUUUAUGUAUUAGAAAUGCAUAGUUUAGCAUCUCUUAAUACUGCUACAUACUCUUAAAUGCUGACUUAAAAUUACUGUAACAAAAUGAAAUAGGUUGAUAAAAUAGAUUGCGCCAAAGCACAGAGUAUUUGUUUCUGAGAAAAACUGAUGCCUUGUGUGGGAGAAUAGAUUUGAGAAUCUACAUAACAAACUCCUGCUUUCUCCGUUACUAUUAAACUGAUUUU